GACCGUGGAAGCAGUCACUCACUCAUCUCUGUAAACCAUGAAAUCCUCCACUUUAAUACUCAUUAUUGUAGGACUAGUCUAUGCAGCCAAUGUCUUAGUUCAAGCUUCACCGUACCCCAGAGAUCAACAAGAAGUGCUUUCAUUGCUGCUAAGUGGGUGGUGCAGCCACGACUCUGUCGACAAUGCAACCCAAUAUUGCAAUUGGUCAGGUAUCACUUGCGACCCCGCUGGACAGAUUACUCAAAUUACUCUUUCUCAGUAUUAUUGUGAAUAUUGUGAAUAUUGUCCAAUCUGGUUAUUGGAGAAAUUCAACUGGUCUUGCUUUCCAAACUUAGUCCAUCUGAGUCUUUCCUGUGCCGGGCUUUAUGGAGUUAUUCCAUCCCACAUAGGUACUCUUCCAAAGCUCACCCACCUUCACCUUUCCAAAAAUUAUCUAACAGGCCAAUUACCUCUUUCAAUUGCCAACCUCUCCAGGUUGAUGGUGUUUGAUCUUUCUUCUAAUGACCUAAAUGGUUCUAUUCCAAGAGAAUUGGGUAGUUUAAAGAAUCUUAUUGCAUUAAAUUUCAGCUAUAACCAUUUUAGCGGUUCAAUUCCUUCAACUAUUGCUCUUUUUUCCAACCUCACUCAUCUACAUAUGUCAUCUAAUCAAAUUAAUGGGUCUAUUCCAAUUGAUUUAGGAAAGCUGAAGAACAUGGUUUCUCUUGACCUGUCUGACAACAGGCUCCAAGGACACCUCCCAUCCAGUAUAUUCCAGCUGAACAGAUUGACUUCCCUAUCAUUUUCCCACAACAAAAUCAAUGGUUCCAUACCUCCGGCUUUGGGUGAUCUAACCAAUUUGGUGGAGUUGGACCUUAGUUCAAACGAAUUUGACGGUCCACUCCCAGUGGAAAUUAGAAAACUAAGAAACCUAGAGUCGUUAGUCCUUAGCCAAAAUCAAUUGAUUGGUUGCAUUCCGUUAGAAAUUGCAAAUUUGAAGAACUUAACAUUUCUGGAUGUUAGUUCCAACAACCUCAGUUGUCCAAUUAUGCCAAUUCUUACGGCUUUACAAUCAAUUGAAGUUCUUUUACUAGGUUCAAAUAGAAUAUAUGGUUCCAUGGAUUCAAAUAUUGUAAAGCUCAGAAAGCUGUAUUCCUUGGACUUGUCAUAUAACAACAUAUCAGGGAUCAUACCUUCUGAAUUUGCCCGCAUGACAAACUUAAAGUAUUUGGAACUUUCUUACAACUUUUUAAAGUGUCCAACCGGCGGCAAAGAGCUUAACAUCAUUUCUUUCAACCAUCCCCUUCAUUGCCCAAAGUCUACCCCCAAGUCUACUCCCAAGUCUACCCGCAAGUCUACCAAGUCUACCCCUCAAGUUGCGAUCAUUAUUUGCGUCGUCUUGGCCUUCUCUGUCUUUUGUUUGAUCAUUUUAUUCAUGUUGGCCCAUAAGUGUCUUUUCAAAACUAGACAAGUCCAACCUACUAAACGAGCUUCAAAAAAUGGUGAUUUAUUGUCGGUAUGGAAUUAUGAUGGGAAAAUUGCAUUUGAAGAUAUCCUAAAAGCAACGGAAGAUUUUGACAUUCGAUAUUGCAUUGGAACAGGUGGUUACGGUAGUGUAUAUAGAGCACAACUACCUAGUGGCAAAGUAGUUGCCUUGAAGAAGCUUCACAGUUCAGAGGCAGAAGAAGUAUCAUUCAGAAAGAGUUUUGAGAAUGAGGUAGAAACGUUGACUAAAAUUCGUCACAAAAAUAUCAUAAGACUCUAUGGAUUCUGUUUGAACAAAAGAAGCAUGUUUUUUAUUUACGAGUAUAUGGAAAGAGGAAGCUUGUUUUGUGUUCUCAGCGAUGAUUUAGAAGCUGUGGAAUUAGAUUGGAGUAAGAGAAUUAAUGUCAUCAAAGGCAUAGCUUAUGCAUUGUCUUACAUGCAUCAUGAUUCCACUCCUCCAAUGGUUCAUCGUGAUGUAAAGAGCACCAACAUCUUAUUGAACUCAGAAUUUGAGGCUUUUGUGUCUGAUUAUGGAACCGCAAGAUUACUUGAUCCCGAUACUUCCAAUCGAACCAUGAUUGCUGGUACAUACGGCUAUAUUGCUCCAGAAUUUGCCUACACCAUGGCCAUAACGGAAAAAUGUGACGUUUAUAGCUUUGGUGUAGUGGUACUAGAAACGUUAAUGGGUAAGCACCCUGGAGAAUUGUUGUCAUCAUUGUCAUCUUCAUCAUCGUCAAUUCAAGAUAUGUUGCUGACUGAAAUAAUAGACCAUCGCCCAUCACCGCCAAGAAAUGGGAUUGUUGAAAGUGAUAUUGUUCUUAUUACUUCGCUGGGAUUUGCAUGCCUAAAUGCCAAACCAAUGUAUCGACCAACAAUGAAGCUAGUUUCUCAACAACUUCUUGCUCGCAAACGAUUGUUAGCCAAGCGUUUUAGUGAUAUUUCACUUGGACAGCUAAUGUUCCCAGAUGAAAUUUUACUAGAAAUUGAAAAUAAGAUUAGUUGAAUUCAUUAAAUUCAAAGAUGUUUCUUGCAACUUAUCACCAUGCUCUACUUUGGAAUUUAUAAUAUCAUCUCCACUUUUUCAA